AUCUGUAUCUUCUUAUUUCUUCCAGAAUGGAUUUUUGUCUGCAUUGCCUUAUUUUGGUUGUUGGUUAUGUAUGAUUCUGUCUGGUCAAGCUGCUGACAAUUUAAGGGCAAAGUGGAAUGUUUCAACUAUAUGUGUUCGCAGAAUUUUUACCCUUAUUGGUAUGCUGGUAUCCUCCUGGGCAUCACGAAUACAUUUGCCACUAUUCCAGGAAUGGUGGGGCCUGUCAUUGCUAAAAGCCUGACCCCUGAUAACACUGUUAGAGAAUGGCAAAUUGUUUUUUGUAUCGCUGCUGCUAUUAAUGUAUUUGGUGCCAUUUUCUUUGUACUAUUGGCCAAAGGCGAAGUGCAGAAGUGGGCUGUCAGUGAUUACCAUGGACACAAAAACUGAAGAAAACAAUAAAUAAUCCUCUUUCUAUUAAUGUACUUUUAUUUAUCAUGUAACCUGAAAAGUGCCUUUGAUGUUUUAAUGUGUAAGCAUUCUAUAUAUUAAAAAAUGUACUUGUAUUAAAUUUUAAGGCUUGUAAUCAUGAAGUGUCACUAGUUGCCAGAUUAGGAAAAUUUGCUCUUUUUAAUAAUUAAUAAUAUAUAUGCAGGACUUUAAACUUUAGGUUCAGAUACCUGGCUGCAAGUCAGGUGACAUGAAAUAGGAGAACUCUAUUUAUUGUUAAGGGCCACAUUUAAGGGAAUGAAAUGAAAUGACCCUCUUAUACUGCUUAUCAAACUAGAUAAUAACCUCAGGUUUUGGUAAACACCUGUUUUUGUUUACUUUUCUCAUGAAAACUAUUUGUUAUUAGCUCUCUGUGACACUUAGUCUCAAACUUCAGCAUCUCCAUAGAGCUGCUAGCCACUGUAUAAUUACACCUGGCACCUAAAUUGAGCAAAGCAUGCCCAGACAGCUGCCAAGCAUUCUCUCCCUGGCAUCAGAGACAGAAUGCCCAGCAUUUAUCAGAGGCAGCACCCAAGUCAGAGCCAAUGCCAAAGUCUUUGUAUGGUGUUCUCCUUCUGGGGCUAUUAAUGUGUAUAUGAAGCCCUGAAUAGACAAGAGCAGUGAGAUCCACAAUUAUGGUCUUGAUGCAGCCUCAAACUUCCCCUUCCCAACACUUUGGACUAUCUACUCUCAUAGAAUCUGGAAAAAAAAAAAAA